CAAACACACACACACACACACACAGGCUGAGUGAUCUCACACAGUGAAGACAGGAAAUACAAAACAAGUGUGUGACUCAGUCACAGUGUGUGUGUCUGUGCGUGUGUGUGUGUGUUGCUGACCAGUGAUGAUGGGAUGUCUGCUCAGCUCUGCACUUGUUAUGGACCUGGUCUGGUUGAACCACAGCAGAGGGAGGUGCUGAUAUUUGGUGAAGAUGAGCAAUAAGGGGGGGGACACCCCGGAGCCCACCCGAGGGGGGGAGUCUCUGAAGAGGAAGGACUGUCAGUCAGAGCUGCCGGGACCCAGUCCUAAGAGGAGCAGCGAGAGGAGGAACCGUGAGCAGGAGAACAAAUACAUCGAGGAGUUGGCCGAGCUCAUCUUUGCCAACAUCAACGACAUGAACAUGGAUGUCCUCGACGUCAAACCAGACAAAUGUGUCAUCCUCAAAGAGACGGUGAAGCAGAUCAGACAGAUCAAAGAGCAGGACAAAGCUGCGGUGGAGGACGCUGAGGAGGUGCAGAAGGCCGACGUGUCUUCCACAGGACAGGGCGUCAUAGAUAAAGACGCUCUCGGGCCGAUGAUGCUGGAGGCUCUUGACGGCUUCUUCUUCGUGGUCAACGUGGACGGUGUCGUCGUGUUUGUCUCAGAGAACGUCAGCCAGUACCUGCACUACCAGCAGGAGGAGCUCAUGAACACCAGCGUCUACAGCGUGCUGCACGCCGGGGAUCAUGCCGAGUUUACCGAGAACCUCCUGCCCAAGAGUCUGGUCAGUCACCACAGCGCAGAUUCGUCCAGCAGGAACAGCCACACCUUCACGUGCCGCAUGUUGGUCAAGCCUCGCACCGACGGUGAAGCGCAGCCGACAUCUGACCUGCAGGAGGCGCCGCCACCACUGCAGCAGCAGAAGUACGAGACCAUGCAGUGUUUUGCCGUGUCCGAACCCAAGUCUAUAAAAGAAGAAGGGGAAGAUUUGCAGUCCUGUCUGAUCUGCGUUGCCAGAAGAGUCCCCGUCAAAGAAAGACCUGCGAUGUCCUCGUACGAGAGCUUCACCACGAGGCAGGACCUUCAAGGUAAGAUCACGUCGCUGGACACGAGUCUCCUGCGAGCGUCCAUGAAGCCGGGCUGGGAGGACCUGGUCCGGCGCUGCAUUCAGAGGUUCCACCUGCAGAAAGACGGAGACAUGUCCUUUGCCAAAAAGCACCAUCAAGACGUGAUGAGGAACGGUCACGCUCUCAGUCCCAUGUACGCGUUCUCUCUGGCAGAUGGAAAACUGGUCUCCGCUCACACCAAGAGCAAACUGGUCCGCUCUGCUGUUACCAAUGAACCACAGCUCUACAUGUCCCGGCACAUCCUCAAGAGAGAAAACGUGUCCGGCUUGACGGCACACACACACGCUGGCCAGGGCUUGGUCACGCCCAUGCCCCCGACGAGUGUCGGUGGCCCCUCCCCUUCCCCUGACGCCCGUGUCAGCAGCAACACCCACCACCCCACAUCAGCUGUUGGCAACCUCGGACGUGGUUUUGGGUCGGCGUCAGGUUGGGCGCCCACACCUCAGGGGAACCACCACGCCCUGAGGCCCCGCAGCCCGUCGGUGCAGGGAAGCCCCAGCGUCAGUUCGGGGGCUCAGGGCGCCGUGUUGUCGCCGUGUCAUCCCCACAGCCCGGCUCGGCCAGCGAGCCACGGCAGCUGCAGUAGCCCUCACCUCCCACAACACCCCCCAGGUUCUUUCUCUCCUGGAUCCGGCCUCCACUCCCCAACCUCUGUGUGCAGCAGCAGCACCGGGAAUGGACAAGCGUUCAACUCCCUCAGUGCGCUGCAGGCUCUCAGCCAGAGUCACAGGGUUUCCCAGGGUCUCACCGAGGGGCAACAUCCAGACUCGCCUGACAGGAAGCUGUCCGGCCUCAAUAGCCCCCUCGCAAGAAGCCAUUCCAGCUUAGAGCCUGACUUGUUCGGGACCUUUGCGGAGCAGCAGGACUUGUUGUCGUCCCAGAACCAGGAGGGUGAGCAGGGGGGCGGCAAAGACGGCGACGGCUUUGGCGAUGCCCAGAACCGCCUCCUGAGUGCCAAAGGCCACACAAAGCUGCUGCAGCUCCUCACCAAUAAGUUAGAACCCUCCGAUCCUGGCUCACCAACUGGGUCCUUCCGGGACGAGCAGAAUUGCAAGGACCACCUGGGCCGGGCCAGCGGCUCCACCUCGUUAAAGGAGAAACACAAGAUCCUCCACAGGCUGCUGCAGAACAGCACGUCGCCCGUGGAACUGGCCAAGCUCACGGCCGAGGCCACCGGGAAAGAAGGUCCAGAGUUGUCCACCGGGGACAACAUGGCCGCCGCGCUGAUCGAACUUUGCGUGAAGCAGGAGCCGGGUAGUCCCAGGAAGAAGGACAACGCGCUUCUGCGCUACCUGCUGGACAGGGAUGAUAGCGGCAUCCCGGACAAAGUCGCCAAGACGGAACCCGGCGAGGGACCAAUGCUGUCCUACGUGAAGACAGACACACAGGAAGUGGACCAGACCAGUGAGCUGGAGGACCUGCUAGACGACCUGCAGAGUGGCAGUCAGCAGCAGCAACAGCAGCAGCUGUUUGGUGCCAGAGGAACAUCCACCUCCUCCUCUGCACCACCUGGUUCCUCUGUGGACAAACAGACCAUCAUCAGUGACAUCCUGCAGAUGACCAGCAGCAGCAGAACCUUCAGCCCCAUCAGUGCACCCGCUACAAAAAGCUUUAAUGGAGCCAGGUCGGGUCAACAGAGUCGAGCUCCUCCUCCUCUUGCGAGGAUCGUGCCUUCUCUGGACCCCGGCAGCACCAGGCCGUUCCCUCCUCAACACAGGAGCAAUGGCCACUACGCCCUACUGCAGCAGCAGCAGCAGCAAGGCAUGAUGGGAAGUCACACAGGCAUGGCGAUGGCCAACACAGGCCUGAUGCCUCACGGUUUAAUGCGGGGCUCCAUGCAGCAGAGCUGGGAUCCUCAGGGGCCUGUUGUGGGACAGAUGAUGGGCCAGGCGAUGGGACCUGGUCGCAUGGUCCCUGUCCUGCCCUCCAGAGGUCCAUCAGGAUCCAGAACCAUGAUUGUUGGCAACGAGAUGCAGAUGGCAAACCCCGCCUACCCGCCGCAACAGGCCCCGCCCAAUCGGACGGCACCGUGGCCUGACGGGAUGAUGAUGGAUCACUAUGGAAACCAGAGCAGGUCGCAGUACGGUGCCGCCCCAGAGGACAGGAUGGGCUGCUGCGGCUCAGGGCCCGAGGGCCAGCCGGACGAAGGGGCCUUGCUGAGCCAGCUGUGCUCGGUGCUGAAGGACUUUGACGGUCUGGAGGAGAUUGAUAAGAUGCUGGGGAUUCCCACGCUGGCUGGACAGGGUCCACUGUCAGACCAGGACCAGUACCUUGGCUCCUCAGACCCGAGACUGGCUCUGAAGCCUCCUCAGUACAGUCAGCACUACAGUGGCCUGCCGGGUUACGGUGGCCCUCCGGGUUAUGGUGGCCCUCCGGGUUACGGCGGCGGUGUUCUCCCUGACUUCCACGGCAGCAGCCACAUGGUGCCACAGAGGACGCCCCCUGCCGGUUACCCUCCCAUGAUGCAGAUGCCUGGCGGUGUGGGACCCAGGUCGCUCGGGAUGAGGCCCGGGAGCCCAAGUCCUGUGGCACCGCCUCAGCCCAACAAUCUGAGACUCCAGCUGCAGCACAGACUCCAGGCUCAGCUGAACCGUCAGCCAGUGCUGAACCAGAUGAGUGGAGUGUCCCACAUGAAUCUACCUCUAAGGUCUAAUGCACCAAACCAGGGAACCCUCAACACUCAGAUGUUGGCCCAGCAUCAGCGCGAGUACCUCAGCAACCACCUACGCCAGCGUCAGCAGCAGCAGCAGCGUGCCAUGAUGAUGCGGCCUCAGGGCGUCAACAUGCCGCCUCACAGAAUGCCCAGCGGCGGUGCUGCCCCCACACUGAUGCCCGUCGGCGGCACCAACCCGCGCCUCCCUCAGGGUAACCUGCAGCAGUCCUACUCCUACGUGACCUCCGGCUACGGCAGCAGCCUGCCCUCCUCACCCCCGCUCCCCAGCUCGUCCUCCCCUCUCUCCCCCGGCCGUCACCUGAGUGGCCAGAUGAUGGGAAAUAUAGGCAGGCAGUACGGCGGCGGGGUCAUGAGCUCGCCGGCACACACCAGUGGCUUCCAGUUCAGCGGUUCAGGAAUGAGCCAACAGCAGCAACAACCCCAGGAUCCCCUGCUGUCCCCCAGGAUGGGCCAGGGUCCGAGCCCCAUGCUGCUGCAGAGUCAGGGCCAAACACAACCGCAAUCCCAGGGCCCCAACCAGGGGGCGCCGCCUGGCUACCAGGCCAGCACGGACCUCAACUGCUGGCCCCAAACUGCCAACAGUGUGUAUCCUCAACAUCCCAGCGGAGGAAUGUACAACAACAACAUGAACCUGGGAGUCAUGUCCAGCAACAUGUCCGGACAGAUGACCUCUAUGACCUCCAUGAACACAGAGCAGGUGACAGACAACAGCCUGAUGUUGGAGCAGCUGACGGGGCUCGACAUGCUAACGCACGAUGACGAUGAUGCCGCGUCUAAUUUUUGCUGACCCCUGCUGAUCUGACGAGGAAGCACCGAGGAGUCAAGGACUCUGUGAGACUCUGUUGGACAGCAGACACAUAUAUGUAUAUAUAUGUGUGUAUAUAUAUAUAUAUAUAUAAAUAAAUAAAUAUAUAAAUAUAUGUGUAUAUAUAUAUAAAAAAACCUCUUAACUGCUUUUUCAAACUGCUUUUUCACUUCACUGUGACUUAGUUCACAAACAUUUUAACAUUGUUUUAUGCAACAGAAAAGCUGUACAACGACAACUGUUAUCUGAGCCAUGCUAACAGCGAGCUAACAGCAAACACAAAAAAAAAACACAAAAAUGACAGGAAUAUGGUGUUCAUGUUUUUUUAGAGCUUUUAAUGUGAAACAGUCACAUGAAGUGUUGAGUUUUCACUGAGAACAAACAGAAGCUAAUUUAUUGUACAGAACACGUUUAGAUGCUAACAUGCUAAUGUUGAGGAGCGUUUACAAAGAUUGCCAUCUUGUUCAGUAUGCUAAACAUUAGCUAAUAUUGAGUAGCUUUUUUUGUGGUCACCAUCUAACCUUCGUGUAUGUUAGCAUGCUAACAUUAGCUAAUGUUUUAUGAUGGUUACUAUUUUGUUCAAUAUGCUAGCAUGCUAACAUUAGCUAAUGUUGAGUAGCAUUUGAUGCAGUCAUCAUCUUGUUCAGUGUGCUAGUAUGCUAACAUUAGUUAAUGUUUUGUUUGUGAUGGUUACCAUCUUGUUCAGUGUGCUAGUAUGCUAACAUUAGCUAAUAUUUUGUUUAUGGUGGUUACCAUACAUCAGUGUGUUAACAUUAGCCUAUGUUGACUAGCAUGUACCACGGUCUCCAUCUUGUUCAGUGUGCUAGUAUGCUAAAAAUGAGCUAAUAUUGAGCAGCAUUUGCUGUGGUCAUAAUCUAGGGGUGUUAGGAAGACAACAUGUGGUUGUUACACAAGUGAUUCCAACAGCAAAGUCAAAAGAUCUUAUGAUAAAUAAAAUGUUUGCUUAAAUGUAGCAUUAUGGAGUUAGCAACAUGUUGGUACAGUAGCCCAGAGAGGACAAAUCUAACACUGUCUUCAAUGAAGGUCACUCUAAAAAAAAAUUUAUGUUAGCAUGUGCUCAGAUCAGAUAACUGCAACUGUGAGUGAGUGAGUGAAAGCAAAAUUAUGUCACGGCGCUUGAUUGGUCGACAAAUGUAAAUUCUGGUUUUAGCAGACUGAAAGACGUCAAAUAAGAUUUAUUAAAAUAUAUAUGUAUAUACAGUAUAUAUUUUACUUGUAUUUAUAGUUUUUGAAGAAAUGUAGAGAUACUUUGUAUAACAUUUAAAAAGAAAAUCAUGAUAUAUAUAUAUUUAAAAAAUCUCAGAAUGGUACAUUUUAAUGUUGAUUUUUCAGAUUUAAUAUAUUUCAAGUGUUAACAGGAAACUGUUUCCAUGUUUAAUGACAUGUUUGAAUGAAGGUUUGUAUUUAUAGAUGAUGUUUAUACGACAUGAAGCAGCAGCACGCUAAUAUUAGCUCAUGUUGAGUAGCAUUUACCACAGUCACCACCUUAGUUCAGGGUGCCAGCGUGUUAACAUUGGCUAAUGUCAGUAGCAUUUACCAUGGUAACAUCUUAGUUUAGGAUGUUAGUAGCUUUAGCUGUGGUCACCAUCUUAGUUCAGGGUGCUAUUAUGCUAACAUUAGCUAAUGUUAAGAAGCAUUAACCAUGUUCACCAUCUUAGUGUAGGAUGUUAGCAUGCCAACAUUAGCUAAUGUUGAGUAUCUUAGUUCAGGGUGCCAGUGUGUUAACAUUGGCUAAUGUCAGUAGCAUUUACCAUGGUAACAUCUUAGUUUAGGGUGUUAGCAUGCUAAAAUUAGCUAAUGUUCAAACAGUAACUAUUUAAAUUAUUUAAUUCACUCAGUUUUCAGAAUAAAAGUAUAAAAUAAUAGAUAAUCUUUAAUUAAAGCCACAUUAUUUUUCUUUUUGUCCUCUAACGUGUAUUAAAUGUACUUAUUAUUAUUUUUAUUGUUUCCAGUGAUAAAAGCGCACCAGACCACGUGUUUCACUGUUUCAGAGCAGUUAUUAUUAUUAAAUUAUAUUAUUAUGUAAGAGGGUGAACUUUGACCCCACUUUAUACAAACUGUCCACUCUGAUGCUACUGGUUAAUUUAUGAUUCUUGCCACUGUAAAUAAACUAUUUUUAUUGA